CUUCGAUUGGGCUUGAUACGUCACGGUUGACGCACGUCCAGCGUGUGAAUAAUAGACCUGAAGCAGUCAGUACGCGCACUUGAUCGAAUUGUGCGACGUUUGUUGUGUGACGAUUUCGAGCGCUAGAACCCCCGUCAGCUUCGAAAAGGGAAGUCCGAAUGGCCUUUCCAGUCACGUCGGUUUAAAAUUAGAAGGCGUUUUCAAGCACCGACCAGCAUCGCAUUCGAAAACAAUGGAUCUCGACAAUCCGAGUUACUUCUCGCUGGCCGCCGAAGAAAGAGCGAUUCUGCGAAGAAAGGAGAGCUCGUCGGUGACGUCACUCGCUCGCCAGUUGACGCCCCCGAGGGGAACCCGUAGGGAGUUGUGGAACUUGCUCAGGUCGACGAGCACCAACUCCGCGGACUCCAACCAGGAGUUGCUCAUCAUGGGCGAGCCGCGUCUGAGCGACAUGGACCCCGAUUUGGCGUUCAAGCACCCCACGAAACCGAACCCGGCGAAAAGGCACCAGGAAAACGGUCAUUCUGACCUCAUGUACCUCCCGCUACCGACGUCGGAGGAAGCCGCCGACGAGUUGGACAACGACGAGGUUUUUAUCAGCGAAGACUCCGCGAGGUACUACAACUUCAGUGCGGCGAAGAGGAUCGCUAACGGAAACAUCAGUCCGAGGAGGCAUUCGAUCGGAAACUUCUCCGGGAGGGACCGGACGAAUAGUGUUGCCUCCUCUUCGAAGAGUUUCAGGGAAGACUUCAGCCAGAUGGUGCAGGAGAGUGAAGUGGCGUCGCCCAUCGACGAACACUCGCUGAGGCACAAGUCCUUCCCCAGAAAACGCUGCCUCAAGUGCGCAAAGGGCACACUCACGAGACCGAACAACGCUAACAUGGACGAUAUUUUGAUCGUCUCGCUGAAAUGCAGCGAAGCCGCGGCCCUGUGGGUCGAAUACUUUACCAAUUAUUUCCAGCAGAUCAGCAAACAGGCCAACCGGAAACCUUUCAAGAUACAAAACUUGGGCCUGGAAGACCUUUUGACGAACAAACCGCAAGAAAAGGACUUCCACGAGAAGACCAGCGGGGUGAAACUCCAGCUGGUCGUGGUAUGCCCGAGCUUCUUGGAGUUCGUUGCCGAACACUGCGACGGAGUUUCCGAAUUAACGAAGAUCCUUCAGCACGACAGGACGUUGGCGCUUCUUCUGGGAGUGUCGGAUGCCGACCUAACCGAAACCCACAAAAAAGCGUUGCCGACGUACCAUCAAUGGCAGAGACAGUCCGUUGGCCAGGACCAAGACGAGACCUUCACCAAGGAGUUCUUGGGCCACGCGAUGACAAUCCUGUCGAAAAUCUGGAAACAGCAGAGCUCCGUGAUGGCGCAGGAGAAGGCGUGCUUCUCGGUCACCCCGAAAAAGAUACGGCAGGGCCAGAAUAGCGUGUUCGUCCUGCUCGCUUACCCCCUGCAGAAGGACGACAUCGUGAAAAUAUCGAUCGAGCGCAACGGCGACCUCCAGGAGGUGAAAUCGGUGAAGAGACGCAACCCGUACGUGAUAAAAAUCACCGUACCGGAAAAUCUGACCGACGUCACGUCGAUAGUCAACGUCCUGGUGGAGAAGAACGGGAGCAUAAUCGGGAGCAGACCGAUCAAGUGCGAGAGCCGCCUGCGCGAGCUCGAGCAGAUUUUGCGGUCCAGCGAUAACCCCGUCGAUUUCAUGUGCCAGACUCUUGGAUUCACGCCGGCUGAUAGAGAACAUUUAGACAAUUGGCUGGUCCACGGGUUCCAGAAAAAUCUACCCCCCCACUUCAAUUUGUUGUCCAAUCACAGUACACCGUUCGCCGCCACUGUACCAGUCCAUAAACACAGCAACGAAGAGUUUCCCACCCUGCUUCAUUUCGCGGCCAAAUUCGGCCUGGAAAAAUUGGCGGUCCAGCUGCUCGACUGUCCAGGCGCCGACGUCGCCUAUGAAAUCCGGAACGUCUUCGAUUUGACCCCGCUGGAAAUCGCAGAGAACGGCGGGUUCGCCCAGCUCUCUAGCAUGCUCAGGGGGUACAUGAACAUGAACGAGGUCACCACCAUGUACACGAAACUGAAGGAGAUGAGUCUACGGCAGAGGUCCCCCGAUGAAGACGGCUACCUGGCGCCGAAAAGCGUCGUCCAAGAGUUCUACAAAAUGUGCCCCGCCCCUAGACCCGUCGUACACAGAUCUCCAUUAACCACACCCUCUAGCGAGUACGGCAGCAACCUGUACAUGGCGAUGAGCACACCCGGCCACGCCCCCACAGCAUCGGCAGACGGCGUGCCGUCCACUUCCGCCGUGCCGAUAUCCGAAUCGAGAGAGGAGCCGAACAAAAAGUCGGACAGCGCGAAGAAAGAGCACAAAUCGAAGCACCACAAGAAAAUCGACGUCGUCGAGGACAAAGUGCAGAAGGAGCUGGCAGAAAUCAUCAACGACUUCAAGAACAACGUGCACUCGUUGCCCCAGGUCGAGAAGCUGGUGGAGGACUGGAAGAACCGCAACGACGUGCAGAAGUCGUUCAAGGAGAAGCAGGAGCAGCUGACGGAGAUGCGGCUGCGCUACGAGAAGAUACAGCAGGAGAUGAAGAACGCGAUGAAGAAGCCGACGCCUUUCGACCGCAUUAAGCGGCUGUUCUCGAGGCACAAGAGUCACAGCGUUGAAGAAGUCAUUUCCACGCCCGCAACGGCGCUGAAUCAGAGUUCGAGACCCAUCAGCAGUCUCAGCACUUCCUCGAGCGGCUCAUCGGGCAGGAUGAGCACCAUAAGCGGGUGCAGCUUGGGAGACAGCGGAACCCACUCAGAUAACGAAGAAAGGAAGAUGAUGUUGGGCAGCAGCCACAACGAGAACGACUUCAAGUGCGAGCUGGACAAAGCGAUUAUGCAGCUAAAUUAUACGCCGGUGCCGGUUCCGAAACCGGUAAAAUUUUCGGCCAUGCACCACUUCGAGACGAUCGAAGAGAAGCCGGUUACCAGGCCGACCAACCUACCACUGAACGAUCAGUUUUACAUCCAGUUUCCUCCCAACGGAUUACCGGUACCAGGUAAUGAGGAGUCUCCCGGCAACGAGUACAUGAACGUUUCGUCUACCCCCGACGGUCACGAAUAUAUGAACUUCAAGCUACCUUCUGCGUGAAAACGCGCGCACAGUCUUGGUAAUAAACAGUUCUGAAUGUCUAUAAGUUUCUUUCAAAGUAUUUAUGUAUGGAUAUUUAUUUAUUGUUUUCGUUUUAAUGCAUCAUCACGUUUUGUAUUUUAUGUAAUUUUAUAUUUUUUGUAUAGUAAAAUGUAUUAAUAAAAGACGUAUAGUAUUAUUCAUAUACCUAUUAGACAAUAUAGUGGCCUUAGUACAACAAAAAU